AUUGCACAUAAAUUCACACCAAAUGUUGGCGCAAUUAUUAGAAAUUUUAGUUGGCUUCAUGGGUUUUCUCUCCAGGCAAAGGAAUCAAGCAGCUAGGAUGCAUUACGGUUGCUCACAGAGUAUAGUUCAUCCACGAGAAGAAGCUCUCAUCCAUUUUUGAGGGCAUUAUCGAAAAUUAAUCAGAAUCGAUUGCAUACCACUUAAAAAGAAAGUUCGAUGAAGCAGGUUUGCAGGGACACAUCCACAGGAAAAAGAUAAUAGGGGAAGUUUCCAGCAGAUCUAAAAUCUCAUUGGCUUCACGGAAGAAAUUCCAAGAUGGGAUUCCUUGCCUUGUUCAUUGUGGCACUGAUUCCUGUCCUGAAAACACUUAUUGUCACUGCUGUUGGUUUAUUCCUUGCCUUAGAGAAGGUGGACAUCCUGGGUGACACUGCAAGGCAUCAUCUGAACAAUCUCGUGUUUUUCGUCUUCACUCCUGCUCUAGUUUCAAGCAGCCUGGCAGAAACAAUAACAAUGAGCAGCCUAAUUAAGUUAUGGUUCAUGCCGGUGAACAUUCUUCUCACCUUUAUUAUUGGUUCGGCGUUGGGUUGGGUGCUUGUUAAAGUCUUAAGAACUCCUCAACAUCUACAUGGCCUAGUUAUUGGUUGCUGUGCAGCAGGGAACUUGGGGAACUUGCUUCUCAUUAUCAUUCCAGCUGUUUGUGAGGAAAGUAACAGCCCAUUUGGAGAUUCAUCAACAUGUUCUACUAAUGGAGAAGCUUAUGCAUCCCUCUCUAUGGCGAUAGGGGCUGUAUUCAUCUGGACGUAUGUUUAUAACAUCGUACGGGCAUAUGGGAUUCGAAGUACAGGUUCCACAAUUAACAGAACAAAUUCUGCCAACGGUGGAGAGAUAGUGACAGAAAGCAGCUUGGAAGAAUCAUUGUUAUCAAAGGAUAUUGAGACUGAUCAUUCUCAUGAUACACCACAGCCCAUUGACAGUAUUGAAAAUUAUGAGAAGGUUGAUCUCCUUUUCUCAUCUUCCAUGCAUAGUACCAAUUUUUCUGUCUCCUCUUGCACUAGAGUACCGAUGCGAAAGAAAAUUAAGCAGCAGCUGAAAAUUUUGGCAGAAAGGAUGAACCUAAAAAUGAUGUUUGCACCGUCCACCAUUGCCACGAUAGUUGGGCUUGCGAUUGGCGCCGCCUCUCCCUUGCGAAAGCUACUUAUUGGUGACUCUGCUCCUCUUCGGGUCAUAGACACCUCUACAUCUAUGUUAGGAGAUGCAUCAAUACCGGCCAUGACAUUGAUAGUCGGAGCAAAUCUCCUCAAGGGUCUUCAAAGAUCUGAAGUCGGGUUGGGGAUCAUAAUAGGGGUCCAAGUGGUCCGUUAUAUCGCAAUGCCUCUCUUGGGCAUUCUUGUUGUUAAAGCUGCAGUUCAUUUUGGACUGGUGGGAUCAGAUUCAUUAUAUCAGUUUGUUCUUCUGCUGCAAUAUGCACUACCAACUGCAAUGAGCAUGGGUACCAUAACGCAGUUAUUUGAAGUUGGGGAAAGGGACUGUUCGGUUAUUAUGCUGUGGAAUUAUGCAGUGGCAGCACUGGCUCUUACUCUCUGGUCAACAUACUACUUGUGGUUUGUGUCUUGAAGUUCCUAAUCUUCAUUUUUUGUGUACGUGCCCCAUGCAAAUUAUUCCAAACAAAAUGGAAGCAAGAUUCAUACUACGUUUGUGGAAAGUCAUCCAACUUGUGCAAGAGGCUUUAUUUAUUUAUUUUUUUCGUUUUUUUUUAUGGGAAACAGCAUACAGAUGUAUCUAUGCAUAUACAAAAUAUCUUAUAAAUUCAAUUUUUUAUUGCAAUAAUCA